CAGUCUGUUUUUAUCCGGUUCUUGAUCAUCGGUGGUCACUUUCUUUAUGGUGGUCUAGUGUGCACUGGUCUUCACUGGUUCCUGUCUGGUCCUGGUCCCGUUUUUGUGGGUCCAGCUGAGACCCGAGUCAGUCCAUGCAGCGCUACCGCCAACAAUAUGGUGCCUCCUACCCCCCCACAGCCUCCCCAGCUCCUGUGGAGGAGGAAGAGGAAGAGGAGGAGGAGGAGGAGGUGUACAUUGAAGAGGAGGUGUAUGGGGAGGAGGCUGAGCCGCUGAUACAGGAGGAGGUGGAGCCUGUGGUCCGGGAGACAGGAGGCGUUAAAGAGGAGGAGGAGGAGGAGGAGGAGGAGGAGGAGGCGGCCUCACAGACCAAGGAGGAAGUGCAGCCCGACGUCCAGGAGACAGGUAGGAAAGGUUUGGCAUGGUUUGGUUUGGCUCAGUUUGGUUUAGCUUGGUUUGGUUUAGUUUG